AUGGGAUCCUACGGGGGAUCCUCGGGAUCUUAUGGGGGCAGGCCGGGAUCCUACGGGGGAAUGGGAUCCUAUGGGGGAUCGGGAUCCUCUGGAGAAGAUUCGGGAUCCUCUGGAGGCUCUGGAUCCUACGGGGGCAGCCCAGGAUCCUUCGGGGGACCGGGCUCCUACGGGGGGGACUCUGGAUCCCUGGGGGGAUCCUUCGGGGGAUCCCGGCAGCGCCCCGGCUACAAGAACCCCGGGAUCCCCUUCGUGCCGGGGCUGCACCACCCCGCCCGCCUCGGGGGGCGCUUCCCCAUCCGCCGGGGGCCGGGAUCCGGCCAGGGAUCCGGCCUGGGCUACGGCCAGGGAUCCGGGCGCCUCCGGGCUCUGCGCCCGCCCCGGUUCCGGUUCUGGUUCCGGUUCCGGUCCCGGUUCGGGUUCGGGAUCGCUGUCCCCGCUGACGGCCGGGGUGGAUCCCUGCAAGGAUCCGCUGGGGCUGCUCAGCCCCCAGCUGGGAUCACCGGGAUCACCCUCGGGAUCGUGCCGUCGCUCGGCGUGCCAGGGCGGCAGACCGGGAUCCGCCGGAUCCGGAUCGGGAUCGGCUGGAAGUCCGGGAUCCUACGGAGGAAAUUCAGGAUCCUACGGAGGAAAUUCGGGAUCAGCUGGAAAUUUGGGAUCCUACGGAGGAGACUCGGGAUCCUAUGGGAACUCAGGAUCCUACGGAGGAAAUUCGGGAUCUUACGGAUCGGGAUCGUCUGGAAAUUUGGGAUCCCAUGGGGGAUCGGGCUCCUACGGGGGAAAUUCGGGAUCCUACGGAUCAGGAUCCUCUGGAAAUUCGGGAUCCUACGGGGGAUCCAGCUCAGGCUCCUACGGAUCCGGAUCUGGCCGACCGGGAUCUGGAUCUGGAUCAGGGAGACCAGGAUCUGGAAAACCCGGAUCGGGCAGCCCCGUCACCAUGGCAACAACGCCGCGCCGUCGCUCUCCAGUGACGUCACGCGGUCCUCCCGCAUCCCACAAUCCCCCGCGGCCGUGAGGGGAAAGGGGGGGUCCUCCAGUAUCCCACAAUGCCCCGCGGCCGUGAGGGGAAGGGGGGGUCCGCCUGUAUCCCACAAUGCCCCGCGCGUGCCCCCUCCCUCCCUCCCCGAGCUGCUCCGUUUCCAGCUGCCGGGCCACGAGGCGGCGGCGCUGCGCUCCAUGACGCGCCUGCGGGCCGAGGAGCGCUUCUGCGACGUCACCAUCGUGGCGCGCAGCCUGCGCUUCCGCGGCCACCGCGUCAUCCUGGCCGCCUGCUCGCCCUUCCUGCGCGACCAGUUCCUGCUGAACCCCGCGGCCGAGCUGCGCGUCUCGCUGGCGCACAGCGCCCGCGUGCUGGCCGACCUGCUGCUCUCCUGCUACACCGGCGCGCUGGAGUUCGCCGGCCGCGACCUCGUCAACUACCUGACGGCCGCCAGCUACCUGCAGAUGGAGCACGUGGUGGAGCGCUGCCGCGGCGCCCUGGCCAGGUUCAUCCAGCCCUCGCCCGCCGCGCCGGUGCCGCCGCCGAAGCCCGAGGAGGACGAGGAGGAUGAGGACGAGGAGGACGCCACGGAUGUUUGUAUCGUCAAGGUGGAGCCGGCCACGCGGCGGCGCGGCAGGAGGUGGCCGGCGGUGGCCGGCGGCGAGGCGGCGCAGGGAGGGUCGGGGGUGGCCGCGGUGGUGGCCGCCGCGCCGGAUAACGCCACGGCGCAGCUGGGGGUGGUCAAGGCGUGCUACAGCCUGGCCGAGGAUGCUGAAGGUGAAGGUUUGGUCAUUUUCCCCGGUGGAGGAGGAGGCGGCGGCAACAACGCGGCCGCCAACGAGGAGCCGCCGGGCAACCAAGCCGCCGUGGGCACCUCGGCGACCGCGACGGCCGCGCCUUCGUCGUCGUCGUCGUCCUCGCGGUGCGGGAAGUGCGGGGAGAGCUUCCAGGGCGUGGAGAAGCUGGUGUUCCACAUGCGGGCGCAGCACUUCGUGUUCAUGUGCCCGCGCUGCGGCAAGCAGUUCAACCACAGCAGCAACCUGAACCGGCACAUGAACGUGCACCGCGGCGUGAAGUCGCACGGCUGCGGCGUCUGCGGCAAGAGCUUCACGCAGAAAUCCACGCUGCACGACCACCUGAACCUGCACAGCGGCGCCAGGCCCUACCGCUGCUCCUACUGCGACGUCAGGUUCGCCCACAAGCCGGCCAUCCGGCGGCACCUGAAGGAGCAGCACGGCAAAACCACGGCGCAGAACGUUCUGGAAGCCGGCGGCAGCGAGGGGGGAGUGGUGAUGCGUUGAUGUUGGGGAGGGGGAGGGCCCGGCGUGUGGGG